CGGAAGUUCUUGUUAUGUCAAAGGUCGAACACGCUGGUUCUGCGCGGUACCGACUAUUUCGCUUAAUAAUGAAUGAAAAUCUAUCUAAAUCAAAUAUCUGACGUCUAGGUUACAUUAUUAUCGUUUUUACACGAAUUCACCACAUUCCAGGGCAUACUAUUUACACAAAAAUACAAGAACAGCACUUGGGGGUUUAACAGAAAGGGAUAAAGAUGGCUGGGAUUUUGUUUGAAGAUAUUUUUGAUGUGAAAGACAUUGAUCCAGAUGGCAAGAAAUUUGACAGAGUGUCUCGUCUGCAUUGUGAAAGUGAAUCUUUCAAGAUGGACCUGAUCUUGGAUGUAAAUACUCAGAUUUAUCCUGUUGAUCUUGGGGACAAGUUCAGACUGGUGAUUGCCAGUACAUUAUAUGAAGAUGGAACGCCAGAUGAUGGAGAGUACAAUCCCCAGGAUGAUCGACCAUCUAGGGCAGCUCAGUUUGACUAUGUAAUGUAUGGAAAGGUCUACAAGAUAGAAGGCGAUGAGACCUCAACAGAAGCAGCCACGCGUCUCUCAGCCUAUGUGUCUUAUGGAGGCCUUCUCAUGAGGCUGCAGGGAGAUGCCAACAAUCUACACGGCUUUGAGGUAGACUCCAGAGUCUAUCUCCUCAUGAAGAAGCUGGCCUUUUAACCCCCCUCCUCUGUUUUCUACCGCCUUCAUCCACCUUUGUAAAACUGGGAUCUAGAAAAGUGGAACAUAUGAACAUCUUAGAGACAAAACACCAUGUUUUUGUAAACCUCUGUUGUAUUUUUUAUAGUUCCUCCAACAAACUACACUGAGGUCUGUGAUUUCCACUUGGUGGUACACUGUAAAUAAAUAUUUCUUUCUUUUAUACAAAACAAUUACAAGUGUUGAUUAACUUCAUUUUAUAGCGAUGAAUACUCUUCAACAGUGUUGCAGAACGCAGCAAAAUGAAACCUGGAGACAGAAAAUUGAAUUAUAGGGAAAUAAGCGGCUUUUGUGCGCCAAACAGGACACUUAAAGACUGUUAUAACAAAUGUCACAAGAUGGGAAUCACUCUGACUCACUGAAUACUGGUAUGUGCACACAAAGCUUUAAACACAAACAGAAUGGAUUCAUGUUGUAAAAUAAAGUUUUGCCCUUUGUGGUACUGACAUGUAUUUU